GGGAUGAUCAUGAAAGAGGAUUCGAGGAGAGUGAGGGGAAGGAGAAAAGAUAUUAAGUGAAAAACUGCUUUUGUGUGGAAAAAGUACAGCGAUUUCAGUUUCCCCACUGGGGUGGUUUAGCAUACUGAGACCAUUCAGACUACUAACAGCAAGGGAUAUAGCUAGUCUACAAAAUGUAGACCCACAUCUGCAGUGUGUGUACCACAGCUGAUUCAAAGAGCCUGCAUAGCAGACUAUAGGUCUACUGUGGCUGCAGAUGGCUCGCUUCGCUCGCCCUUUCAGGCUGGUUUGCUUGGCAAACUGGUAUCAGCGCGCGCUAAGAUCCCACCAUACGGGCCAUUCAGAGUCUGCAUAGCAGACUAGGAUAUAUCAGUGUGAAUACGGAAUUCUUCUGAGUAACUUAAAUAUUCGUACACACUGGAGCUAACAAAUAAACUAAAGUACUGUGCGCCCAGAAGAGAUAAUGAAAUUUGUACAAUAAAGUUUUGACUGCUCAGGUCAAUAAUAGCUGCUGAACUUCGGACUUGGCCUCGUUCGCGAACUGGUCCUAAAGGCAGAGGUGGUAAACCGUUUGGAAUGUGUCACGAGUUCCUGCAAAUGAAACUUGAGGUCCACAAGAAAACAUGUUGAUGAAGUCACUCGAACUUAAAAGAUGUCCCGAACGAGUCUUCCACAAGAUGAUGGUAUGAGGGCCAAGUUCCACGUAGGCCUCGAUCAGACACAACAGGAUUCUAUUUGUGGCACAUUAUCUGCAGGGUACCCCGAAAGAGAGCCAGAGAAACGCGUAUGGGAAAGAAUCUGUAAGCUGGUUGUCCAACGGAGGGGGACCCUCUGGGCGCUGCUGAGUGCAAUCCUUCUGUCCCUCAUUGCUCUGGCGUGUAAGCUCAUGUCUGGUGGGGUAUCCCCUAAUCAAAUUACACUUUGUCGCUCGUUAACACUCGUCCUCUUCACGGCACCAAACAUCUUACGGCAACAUAAUAUGUCGCGUUCUCUGCCACGGAAAGCUUGGGGAUUCCUAAUUCUCAGGGGAGUUUCCGGCAUGUCAUGUGUACUAAACUCGUACUAUGCCUUCCAACGACUCGAUGUUUCCACUGCCAGAUAUAUCAUAGAGGGAUCUAGCUUCAUAACCUGUAUCCUGGCAUGCAUCUGUUUGAAGGAGAAUUGUUCCAUCAUAAUGACUUUAUCAUGUUGCGCCAGUAUGGUCGGUGUUUUGCUUGUUGUUCAGCCAACACCUAUCUUUGGGGGCCUCCCUGAAAAUAUCAGUGACCAGUCGUUGCUCGGCAUACUCGCAGCAUUUUUUGCUGCGAUUGCUAUAUCUCUGACCUUUCUCUCACUCCGCUUGCUUGCCCCCUUCAAGAUGACCGCACAAUUUAUUACUUUUACGUACGGCUGCAUCAGCCUAUUUGGAUGGGCUAUGCCAGCCCUUGGAUGCGUCUUACUAGAGACCGCCCUCAACGACUGGUCCAUCCCGCGCUGUGGACACGAUCGUCUCUUGCUCCUAGCAACAUGCAUCAUGAGCUACCUUCAAAUCACAGCCAUUACUUUUGCGCUUCAGACGGAAAAUGCUGCAGUCGUUGCCGUUAUUACGACCACAGGCAUUAGUAUCGCAUUCAUCUUGGAUUAUGCUUUCUUUGAUGUAACUCCAAAUGCAUGGAAGAUCAUUGGUGCUCUGUGUGUAACCGGCGGCUCGGUUGGGGCAGCUAUGUCCUCAUACUAUGCUGCUAAGAGGAAACUGCCUGAAAGUAUAUAAAUAUAAAUUUAGGAAGAAUUCUUUGUAAGCUUCAUUUUAUACUGACACACGUGUACCGUCAUAGUACCAUGCUCAUUGAUAUUUCAAGCAUUUAUUUUCAUAAGCUAUUUACCCUGAUAGGCCUAAUGAUCAUCCUAUAAAGUAACCUCCUGACUUCACCACCCACCGGGGGGGGGGGGAGGGGCACUCAGUAUAAAUGCAUAGUGGGUA